UCAUCAUUAUCAUCAUUCAGCAAUCAUCAACUGCCCUACCCUUGAACAAUGGCACGGUGGUUGAUGGCAAUGGUGGUGCUGACACAGGUAAUAGUAGCUGCUACUCUUGCUUCUGCCAGCAACACCAACAAGGUGUACCAGCCAUGUUCUGACACAAAGAUUCAGAGAUCUGAUGGAUUCACUUUUGGCAUUGCUUUCAGUUCCAAGAACUCAUUCUUCUUCAACCAGAACCUCUCUCUUCAGCUCUCGCCUUGUGACACAAGACUCUCUUUGCCUUCUUCUAACUCCCAGCUUGCACUCUUUCGUCCCAAAGUUGAUGAGAUCUCUCUCCUCACCAUUAAUACCUCUACCUUCUUCCCUGAUUCCUAUGGUGGGUACAUGGUGGCGUUCGCAGGACGGAAAUACGCAGCUCGUUCUCCACCUGCCUUUGUUGCAAAUAACACAUUCAUUGUGACAAGUUUUACAUUGGUGCUGGAGUUUCAAAAGGGUAGGCUGCAAAAUUUGUAUUGGAAGAGAGAUGGAUGUGUUGCAUGUAGAGGAAAAUCCAGUUUUGUUUGCCUCAACAAAGUAGAUUGCGCUAUCAGGACAUCGUCUUGCAAAGGCCGAGGAGGUUCCGUGGAUUGUAGCCUUGGGAUUCAGCUGGCGUUUUCCGGCACAGACAAGCAUCUUAGAGUGCUUAAUUCGUGGUAUGAAGUUGAGAAUCUGAGGCAGUACUCGCUUUAUGGCUUGUACUCGAAUCUAAGGGACUCUCUGACUAGUCAGUAUAACAAAUUCUUUUAACAAAGAAAAGAUGAGUUUAAUCUUUCUUUUACUUCUUGUAUUGUUUGUUCUUGAUGAUCUUGUAAUUUUUGUUUGCUAUUUGCAUUCUUGAUUCCUUAUCACUUGACAUUUUUCU